AUGAGUAGUUUAGAAGAAGAUAAUUAAUAUGAUGAAGAAUAUGAACAAAAUAUUAAUCAAAUUAAUGAAUUUGAAUAAAAAUACAAGCAGAAUUAGACAUCAUCUGAAGAUGAAGAAUAAUAUUAACAUAAAAGCCAUUCAUAAAAUAGUAAGGUCGAACAAUUACCAUAAAUACAGUAUUAAUGAUAAUAUUGCAGUAGACCAUAAAAUAAAAUAGAAGCAAUUUAAAAAUAAUUAGAAUUUUAUAAGAAACAACCUCCUAAGACAUUGGCAGAGGAAUGUGAAGAGGUGAUCAAUUCAAAAAAUGAAACUUUAAAGGAUAGAAAAAUUAGAGAAUUAGUCUAGAAGAAUAGACAAUUAUUACUUAGUUAUGAGAAGGAAAGACAAUCAAGAAAGAAACUUGAAGAACAAGUAAACAAAGCAUUAAAAGAAACUGAUGAAGGAAUUAAAGCAUUAGAUAAAAGUCUUCCAAAAGCUACGAUUCCUAAAGCAGAUCCAUUAGCAAAAGCAUUAAAAGGACCAGAAUAAUAGAAGGAGGAUGUUGGUAUAGCUGAUGAUUUUAAGAGUAAAUUCAAAGAUGCAGAUAAGAAAGUUUAAGAAUAGCGUGUUAAAUUAUAAUAAGUUAAAACUGAAUUAAAUAAAGCAAUAAGAAUAAUAUAAAGGGAAGUAGGUGAAAAUGUAAAUUUAGAUUAAAUAUUAUUGGAUGAAAAUGGAUGGAAAGGCAGAGCAUAAUAGAUUGAAAUAUUGAAAUCAAAAGUUAAAGAUUUAAAUACAAAGUUAGGUUCAUCUUCUUAAUAUUCUGAUGUUUCUUAAAUGUCUAAAUAAUCAAGAUAAGAAUCCAAGAAUAAUAAUGAAAAAUAAUAAUAUGAGUUAUUGAAAUCUCAAUAUGAUGCAGUUAAAUAGGAAAAUGAGAAUUUAUUAUAAAAGAUAAAAGCAGUAUCAAGUAGAAAAUAAAUAUUGGAAGAUCAAAUAAAAGAUGUAAAAGCUGAAUAUGAGAAAAACAAAAAAGUAUUUGUUAUUGUUAUUAUUUUUUAGAUUUUAUUGGAAAAGAGUGACAAUGAUGACAAGUACAUAUUCGCAUUGAAAACUGAAUUAGAAAAAUUGAAAAAAAAUUAGCCUUAAUAAGAAACAAAGAUAGUAUAUAAACCAGCAGAUGAUGAGGAGACAAGAAAAUUAAGAUAGGAAUUGAAGUAUUGUAAAGAAGAAAAUAGUCGUAAUGAGUAAAUGAUUAAAGAAUUAAUAGCAGAAGUAUAUAAUUAAUAUGAUUUUAGAAAGUCAAUAGAAGCAAAUAUGAAUUACCUUAGUAAUAAUAAUAAUAAUAAUAAUAAUAAUAAUAAUAAUAAGAGAAAGUAUAAGCAAAACCAGGUUAAAUAGAUGAAAAAGUAAAGAAGUUGGAAGAGGAGAUAAAAGUUUUAAAGAGAGAGAGAGAUGAAUUCUUUAAGACUUUGACUAAGGAUGUAGAAACUCAAAAAAUGAUAAAAGAUUUAACUAUGUAAAAUGUAAAAUUGCGUAAUAAGAUUGAUGAUUUAACUAAAAAAUGA